UCUCAGGCAGGCCGGGUGUACGCCAGCUCCCUUCUGGGGGGCCGGCCUGGGGGCUACCAUGGCCCCCAACCACCUGUCAGUGCGGGAAAUGAGGGAAGAUGAGAAGCCCCUGGUGCUGGAGAUGCUGAAGGCUGGUGUAAAAGACACGGAAAACCGUGUGGCCCUCCACGCUCUGACACGUCCUCCAGCCCUCCUCCUCCUGGCUGCAGCAAGCAGCGGACUGCGCUUCAUCCUGGCCUCCUUCGCCCUGGCCCUCCUGCUGCCUGUGUUUCUAGCUGUAGCCGCUGUGAAGCUGGGUCUGCGAGCCCGAUGGGGCUCUCUGCCUCCACCAGGCGGCCUGGGAGGGCCCUGGGUGGCUGUCCGUGGUUCCGGCGAUGUGUGUGGAGUCCUGGCUCUGGCCCCUGGUGCCAACUUAGGGGACGGAGCCCGAGUCACCCGCCUCUCUGUCUCUCGAUGGCACCGUCGCAGGGGCGUGGGCAGGAGGCUGCUGGCCUUUGCUGAGGCCCGAGCCCGAGCAUGGGCUGGGAGUAUGGGGGAGCCUCAGGCCCGGCUCGUGGUCCCAGUGGCUGUAGCCGCUUGGGGAGUGGCAGGGUUAUUGGAGGCCUGUGGCUACCAGGCAGAGGGAGGCUGGGGCUGCAUGGGCUAUCUGCUGGUUAGGGAAUUCAGAAAAGACCUGUGAUUAGAGACCAUGUCCACUGGGUAGAUGGGCAGAGAACCAGUACCUAAAGAACACCUACUGUGUGCACGGCACUUUACAACCCCUCCCUCAGUGUCUACCUGGUCUGCUGGGCUGAUAGUGAGGCACCGAGGUUGAUGGACUUACAUACCCACUGUGAACCUGACAGAUGCAAAGGGGACUCUAAACUCAAGUAGAACAAUUCCCUUCUCGGUCUUGUGGGACCACUAGAAGUUACCCUAUCCACUCCUUGGCCCCACCCCAACCCUCCAGUCUGUAUGCACUGAAAAACUUCUGGUUCUGGAUCUAUGAAGCCCCUGCUGCGAGUAUUUGAGGUCUGGAAGGGAGAUUUGGGAAGAGAGAAAGACUCCAGGAGUUA